AUGAAAUCACAAGUACUGAAGGGUGCGCACGAUCAAUGUGGACACCAAGGACAAGACAGGACAGAACAGCUCUUGAGGAAAAGAUGUUGGUGGCCCGGUAUGCAAGGAGAUGCGAAGCAAUGGAUCUCAAAUCGUGAAAGAUGUGUCAUCGCCAAAGGAUCCUACCUUCCAGUCAAGACGCCGAUGGGCAGCCUACUAGCUACUAGGCCAUCGGAAGUGCUAGCGAUGGAUUUUACCUUGCUCGAGCCUGCAACAGAUGGAAGAGAAAAUGUCCUUGUGUUAACAGAUGUGUUCACAAAGUUUACAAUUGCUAUACCUACCCGCGAUCAGAAAGCGACAACCGUAGUCAAGACCCUGAUUAAAGAAUGGUUCCUCGCGUAUGGAAUCCCCCAAAGACUACACUCUGACCAAGGCAAGUCAUUCGAGGCAGAACUAGUCAAGGAGUCGCGUGCAGUGUAUGGAAUUAAGAAGUCAAGGACAACCCCCUAUCAUCCUCAAGGAAAUGGGCAGUGCGAAAGAUUCAACCGUACACUACAUGAGCUUCUAAGAACUCUACCAGCAGAAAAGAAAAGAAGGUGGCCUGAACACCUGAAAGAGUUAUGUUACGCCUAUAAUGCUACGCCACAUGCAACGACUAGAUACUCACCCUUCUACCUGAUGUUUGGUAGAGAUGCCAAGCUACCUUUGGACAUUCUACUUCCUGAUGAUGACAGACAAGUGACAGUAGACAACCAGCAAUGGAUUACCAAGCACCAGACUCGUCUACGAGAAGCUUACACCACUGCGACACAAAACUCGAAGGAAGCUGCUACCGUCAGAAAGAAGAUCCAUGACCAGAAGGGCAGAGCACUGGCUGAACCACUACAAGUCGGAGAGCGAGUACUCCUUCGCAACCGUAAAGUCAGAGGAAGAAACAAGAUUCAAGAUAAAUGGGACAACCAAGUGUACAAAAUCGUCGAACGAAGAGACAACAAUACAUAUGUCGUCGAAAGAGCUGAUGGACAUGGAGGAGAUAAAGUCGUUAGUCAAGGAGAAAUGCAAGUGUGUGAUUAUGGACACUUAACAAUUGACCAUAGUGCCUUACUACUGCGAGAGUUUGGUUCUCUAUACAAGUAUUCUGGCCAGGGGUUUGAGGCUUCACACAUACUACACAAGCAGUUGUUUUCCAAGGCAUCCAACCACGAUAAAACAGGAUCUGGCCAUUCAYUGCCACAAAUUCUUACUCAUUGGUAUGCCAAUGAACUGCUCUCUCUUCGAUAUUCAUUCAGAAAUGCAAAAGAAUGCAUUGACACUGAUAAGAAGUGCUUCAAAUUCAGGGGAUGUGGUUGKACAACCAAAAACGCWCCAAAAUUGUCUCCAGAAGACUGGCCUUGGGUCAAAAUGAUAGAUGGGCUAUUUGACAAAAUGUUUGGUGGUGACUUUUUAGAAUAUCAGUACGACAGUAAGACUGGAACCCAUGUUUCUUCAAACAUUGUUGAUAGUCUGCAAAAGUAUGACCAUGGAGAUUGGGAGAACAUGUUCGUCCCCUCAACUACUACCACAAAAAGCACCACAGAUUCUAAUGUAAAACCAAAGCAGUGCACCGCGACACCAUUAGUACAAUCUACCACUACAACUACUACCACAAAAAGCACCACAGAUUCUAAUGUAAAACCAAAGCAGUGCACCGCGACACCCAUAGUACAAUCUACCAAUACAACUACUACCACAAAAAGCACCACAGAUUCUAAUGUAAAACCAAAGCAGUGCACCGCGACACCCAUAGUACAAUCUACCNCUACUACCACAAAAAGCACCACAGAUUCUAAUGUAAAACCAAAGCAGUGCACCGCGACACCCAUAGUACAAUCUACCUCUACAACCUCAUGUCAACAGAAUCAGAUCCAUGAAGCAAAUCACCAAAAACAACCAAGUCAUUCAUCCCAGGUCAAAACCAAGUUAGCUACAACAUCAACGAGGCGGGAAAUUGCCGAGAUUGACGCUUUUUUACCGCCUAUUGACUAUACCACCGCCGUGGUGAUGAAAGUGCAAACAGUUACACAGACAGGAGAUCUGUUUUCUUUAAAAAAACGGCCAUGUGUCGCUGUUUUAAAGAGAGCCGAAGAUUUGUUGGCAAUCGAAAAGAAAAAAGGUCUAGUACCAAACCUUGGAGUCCAUAUAAACGGUUUUGGAACAUUCAGUGAAGACGAUCUUGAGUCACUGAUACGCCUUUCGCGUGUUUCAAGUACUGCUGCCAUGGUAACAGAGGAAACGAUCUGGUUGGCUCAGUUUAACGAUGUUCCAAGUGGAGAAUUGGAUAGAUUGAAAGACGUUCUUUGGAACAAGCCCCCUAAUGAAAUUAUCCUGCGACUUAAAGGGAAGUCUAUAGAUGUGCUUUCUUUCGCUGAUAUCAUUGCUGAGAGGCACAUUGACAACUUCGUGGUCGACAUAUGCGUUCAAAAGUUCAACGAGGAGGGACACUCGAAUGUCCUUUACUUACCUUUAGAAUUUUAUGAUUGGAUGAAGGCUAAAGAUACAGCAUUCACAAAAGAGAAAAUAAGAAACUGCGUAUUAGAAAGGAAAAACCUGAGCGAAAUUAAUAUUAUUAUUAUCCCAGUCCAUAUGCCAAAUCAUUGGGGUCUAGCUGUCAUUGACAUUGAAAAUGGAAAAAUGAUGUUCGACGACGGGUUAAAAGUGUAUCCUCCCGCAAACACACUGAAUUGCCUAAAGAGAGCUCUAGAACUCAUGCACGAAACGUUCCCUCAUUGGGCAGCCCUUCAAUCAAGAUUUUGGGUAAACUGUCUGGCUUUUGAUCGGUUUGGUAUGCCAUCGCAACUGAAAUGCAGAAACAUUGGCAGAGGGAGUUGUGGCAUUGGCAUCAUCCUUGCUGCCAGAGACUUCAUUUCGAGGGGUGUGUCUGCAACCAACAACAUCAGGUGGAAGUACUCUUUAAUGAAUAAUCUUCGCUUGGACCUUAUGACACAAAUURUCAAGUGGUCUUCAAGUACAYGAAUAUUGAAUAUUUCAUCUCUAGCAGAUCAGGUCUGACUGAAACGGUAUUUAGCCACGUAAAAACGGAGACACAUCUUGCCACAGUCCAGGUCUUUUCCGUAAAUAUAUGGGUACCAUUUCACUUCCAGUUCGCGGGUGGCUCUUCCUAAACCUUUUCCAACUACUAUACUUGAACGGCAAGUUAUAUGGGUAGUUUGCCCCCCAUGGUAGUGAUUAGCCCUACGCUUGGCUGCUGCUAUGGCGGCGAGCGGAUCUUCUGGCUCAAGCUGAGCGCCUUCACAUAAAUCUUCUCCUUGCCAAGCCACGUGUUUUUCAAGGUCAUUUCCAAAAAUCCGUUCGAAGCAGUCCUCCUCAUACAGUUUAUAGGACUCCAUUACAGUUGACUUCGACAUGAUUGGUGCUCGCCAGUGUGGCAUAACCUUGAUUGUGUUUGGAGUAGGGUUCCCAAGAUCGCUUAUAAAUCGAUCAAAGAACUGGUGUGGGACAUGGUGAAAUUCUAGUUGGUGCCAUUUUCCUACAGAGAAGAAAAGAAAAAAAAAAGAAAAAUAACUUUUGCUAGAAUUGCUUCAAAAGGCCGUUUAUGGCAGAGUUUAAAGCUACUUAAAGCUCCAUGUCAGUCAUUUUUUUAUCAAAUAGGUUUAACUUAAACUUGAACUUUACCUUUGCAACGGUGAUGGUGCGUGUUUCGAACUCGUUCUAGGGCACAAGAAA